UGUUAAAUAACUGUUCAUGGCUUUGCCUUGGCAGGAAGAAUUUUAAUGAAACUUCAAAUUUGUAUUUGAAAAUUUCCUGUCUUGGGUCUCCAUUGCCGUAUUCGACACACCCGAAAAGAAGACGAGAAUCCGGCGAAGAUGGAAAUCAGAGAAGAAGGCGACGAAGCAGAGAAAACCAGCUUCAACGCCGGGAUGAAGAACCUCGUGACGACGAUCAACAAGCUGCACGACGCCCUCGCGUCGACCCACUCCGAGGCAGGCCAGCCGACCCGCUUGAACCUCGAACUCCCCCAGAUCGCCGUCAUCGGCGGACAGAGCGCCGGCAAGUCUUCCGUCCUCGAAUCCGUCGCCGGCAGGGACAUCCUACCCAGGGGGGAAGGCAUCGUCACUCGGCGCCCCCUCAUUCUUCAAAUGAUCCCGAGCCAGGAAGAGUUCAUGGAGUUUCUGCACCAGCCGAAUAAGCCAUACACAAGUUACGAAGAAGUGAGAAAGGAGAUCCGAGCGGAGACAGAGAAGGAAGUGACCGGCAAAGCCAUCUCCAGCAAACCCAUCCGCCUCCGCCUCUAUUCCCCCGACGUCCUCCAGCUGACUCUGGUGGAUCUGCCCGGGAUGACGAAGGUACCCGUGGGCAAUCAACCGGAUAACAUCGAAAAGCUGAUCCAGGCCAUGAUUCUGGAGUACAUCCAGCCGGAGAACACACUGAUCCUGGCGGUGACCUCGGCCACAGAAGACCUGGCCAAUUCCGACGCCCUCAAACUCGCCCGCCUAGUGGACCCUAAAGGUGAGAGGACCAUCGCGGUGCUGACGAAGCUGGACCUGAUGGACAGAGGCACGGACGCCCGGAAAGUGCUGGAGAACAAGGUCUACCCCCUCAAGCGAGGCUACAUCGGCGUGGUGAACAGGUCCCAGAAGGACGUCGAGGCGGAGAAGGACAUGAAGGCCGCGAGGGAGGACGAGGAAGCAUUCUUCGAAGCUCAACCGGCUUACAGCGACCUCCUCCACCAAGUGGGCACGAGGAGGCUCCAGCAGGUCCUCAACGAGGAGUUCGAGAAGCACAUCAAAGAGAAACUCCCGGAGUUCCGCUCCAAAAUAUUGCAGCAGAAAGUAAUGAAGAGAUUCACGAAGAGACUGGAGGCCUGCCUCAAGGGCUUCGACGACGACGUGGACAUCCACGAGGUGCAGCUGGGCGCCGUCAUCAAUCAGAAGAUCAACGAGAAGAUCAUCCACGGCAUCCUCAACGAGGAGAACCUGGUGCCGACGAACGAGGAGACGCGGACGGCCCUAACGAACCUGGUCGGGAUCCACAAUUACACGACGGGUUCGCAGCAGGCGUUCCAGAGGCUCGUCAAGCACAUGGCGAAGAAAUUCCUGGAACCGAUCAAGACGUCCGUCGACCUCAUCGCGGAAUUCGAGAUCCGGUUCUACCCGAACCUGAAAUUAGCUGUGCUGUCCAGGACGACCGAGAUCCGCCACGCAGACAAGAACAGGUGCAAGAAACGCCUGGUGAAUUACAUCGAGGCAGAAUGCGCCUUCGUCAACACCAAUCACCCUUCGAUGAGGCGCGGCCGUUGGUCUUCACGUUCCGGUUGGUCCACUCCGCCGCCGAACCCCAAAACGGACGAGCCGAGCUUCCACCAAGGCAGUCUUUUCAUCGGGGCCGAACCCUGGCGGCUCAACAUCACGCGAAGUCGUCUUCACUUCUCCAAAUCGGGCAUGCAGCGACGACUGAAUAAUGGAGACAUCCAGAUUGGGGUGAAGAACGACUACAAGAAAUGUGCGAAAACGUUCAUCAUUACUUGGAUCGACGACGGAUUCCCAUGGGACGAGAACGCGCUGAUCAUGGAGGCGGUGUACGACGGAACGGAGGGGAAAGAAGUCGGUGAGCAAUGGGAAUCCAAGUUCAAAGAAGCCGGGAUUCACGUCGUCAACUUAGGUGAAACGGACCCUGGUGGGUCUCCCUCCUUCCCAAACCACGAACUCAACUCGGACGCAGAUCAAUUCAUAAACGAGAUCCUCAAGUACAUGCGGAUCGUAAAGCAGACCAUCCAGGACCUCACACCCAAGUUCAUCGUUCUCGAGCUAAUCGACCGACUCAUGGUGUACAUCGAAGAGAAACUUCAGGUGCAGAUCCAGAAAGGAAACGACAUGGAUGAGCUGAUGAAGCCGGGAGGAGGCGAGGAGCUGAAGAGGAGGUCGCUGCUGAGGGAGUACGAGAUGACGGAGGAGGCGCUGGGCAUCAUCAACGGGCUUGGCUAGGCCGGCACGGAUUCCGCUUCGGAAUUUCCUUUUCCAUAUCUUUCUCUUCUCGAGAUUCUCCGGGCUUGUCUGUCUUGUUACGUUUCGUGGGAAUGGAGGGAUGUGUAUAUACGUUCAUAUAGUUUACUAGCGAGUUUGUUUGCCUUCGGGCACACAAACUCGCAAUGGUCGCGCCUUUGGCGCUCUAUUACCUUGUAUAGUGAUUAAUUCAUUCAUUUUUUGCGAAAUGGGAAACAUGUAUUUAAAGCACGUUCCCACUGAAAUACGUGACACAUGGGGUCGAAAGUCUUGAUUUUUCUCAAAAUUGAUUUUUUCCUCUUUGAUUCUGUGUGCCUAACUGGAAAUCUUUUCUUUUGUUCCUUUUUGCAAGAGUGGAGAAUACAUUUUGAAAUACUUCCCUCCAAUAAUAUACACUAAGGAGACAUAUUUCAAAA